UAACAGACUGCACCGUCUACACCCACCACCUGGACCGGCCCCUGAGGGCUGUCACCAGCGCCACCUUCUACGUCAGGCACGAGGGGAGCCUCAGAAGAAUAGCCAUGAGACUCUACGGCUUCUCGGACAGCUGGGACGUGAGUGUCUGGCCUCCGAAGGGCAGCAAGGACCCCCACGCCUGGCACAACGUCACGGUCACCAAGAUCGGGUAUAACUUGGCGGUCUACGUGGACGGCGCCCUGGCCCAAGCGGAAUACGUGUCGUCCAGCUCGAAACUGACCCACUUGACGGUGACUUUGAAGGGUGAAGGGGAGGUGACCCUGUGUGACUUCAGGGGUGGCUCGUCUCUCACCUCGCCUUGGGUAAUUGGCGUAGGUGUAGGCCUGGCUGUGCUAGUGGCCGCAGCUGUGGCGGUAUUGGCCGUGUGGUGGAGGUGUCGAACACGGGUCGAGGCUGCUUCGGUUUGCUGAAACGAAAACAACUUUUAACAUGGAUCUACUCUUCCUUUGUUUCAACUUUUUCGGUUCUGUUUCUUUAUUGUCUCUCUUUUCCUUCCCUUUCACCUUCUUCUCCCUCUUCUCCCUCGCCUAUUUCUACUCGUACGCUCUACAUUCUUUUCUACAUUCCCUCCUUCUCAUUCUCUCUCCUCACUUCUUUCACCUUCCCGUCUCGUUCGUUCCUUUGUUUACUAUAUCACUCUCCUUCCCAUCUUCGCUCUUUAUUUCCUCAAUCUCCCUCUCCUCCCUUUCAUCUCGCCUGUCCUUCCCCUUCUCCUGCUUCUUUAAGCUUCGAUUAGCUGAGCCGAAGCAUCGAGACUGAAUGUGGCUGGCGAGUAAUUUUGUGACAAUGUGCAAUCGGGUAUGAUUAAUCUCUGCUUAGGUUAAGGAAUAAUGAAAUGAGAUAUUUUUUAUGUAAACAUUCGUAAAUUUACAAAAAAAAACGCUCACUCAUACAUGCAUAAACAAACACAGUUCAAAUUGUAUGAUUGGGGUAAAGGAAACCUUUCAGGGUGUAGACGUUUUAACACAAAUAUAUAUCUCUUUCUUACAUAUACACGCAAACAUGCAAGUACACAUGCAAAAAUGAUUAAAACGCAUGCAUGCACCUACAUAGACAAAUUAUUUAGUGAAAGAAACGAAAUAUGCAUCCUUAUGGAUAAGCAUCAUAAUUGUAUAACAUGUAUACCUCUGUGCUCUCAGCGAUACUCAGAGAUGAUAUUUAG